GCGAGCGGCGCACGCGGGGCCGUACACGACGGUGGAGCGCGUGCUGCUGGGUUUCUGACUUUACUUCCAACAUUUUGUUACAUGGGACUUUGCGGGAUCUGACAGGUCCACGGGUCGCCGCAGGCAGCGUUACACAGCCCCGCAAAUCCACUUUUCGUGUCUCAGACAAGAACUUUGUUGCGUUUUUUCUCUCUGAAGGUGAAAAGUCAGGACACUCGGAAGAACUUGUGUCUGUACCACAGGCUGCUGUGAAGGGUUUUCCCCUUUCUUCAAUAAAAAAAACCAAACCGAAUACAAAAACCCCCGCAGCGAUCUGUUUGAAAGUUUCCCACCCGGACACAGAGGUCACACUUUUCGGACUUGAGCGCUUCGGAUGGUGGGAGGAGAAAGUUUUCCUGGAGAGCGGAGCAACAACUGGGCUCGAACACAACAGAGCAGGUUGGGUGCUGACUAUAGCAGACUUUAGGACAGAGGCACUUUUUCCUCUGCUCCUCCCCCCACUUUUCUCCAACUGUGCCAGCCCUAAACCCACACAGCGCUUUCCCCCAGAAAAACAGCGUGAGGCGGAGACGCGGCGGACCAUGGACAACAGGCCUGUCCGGAGAAGACGAACCGGUGCUGUCCGACAUCUGCUGCUGGCAGCCGCCUUCCUCGCCUGCAGCUCCCAACUGCUGGCGGUGGAUGCCAACUCAUGGUGGUCACUAGCCCUGACCCCGAUCCAGCGGCCAGAGAUGUACAUCAUCGGAGCUCAGCCCCUCUGCAGUCAGCUGUCUGGACUCUCUCAGGGCCAGAGGAAGCUCUGCCAGCUGUACCAGGACCACAUGAUCUACAUCGGAGACGGAGCCAAGACUGGCAUCAAGGAGUGCCAGUACCAGUUCAGACAGAGGAGGUGGAACUGCAGCACUGUGGACAACACAUCUGUGUUUGGACGGGUCAUGCAGAUUGGCUCCAGGGAAACGGCCUUCACCUACGCCGUCAGCGCAGCAGGCGUGGUCAACGCCAUCAGCCGGGCGUGCCGCGAGGGCGAGCUCUCCACCUGCGGCUGCAGCCGUGCCGCCCGGCCCCGAGACCUGCCGCGCGACUGGCUGUGGGGCGGCUGCGGGGACAACGUGCACUAUGGCUACCGGUUCGCCCGCGAGUUUGUGGACGCCAGGGAGAGGGAGAAGAACUACCCACGCGGGUCGCCUGAGCACGCCCGAACACUGAUGAAUUUGCAGAAUAAUGAAGCAGGGAGACAGGCGGUUUAUAACCUCGCUAAUGUGGCCUGUAAGUGUCACGGAGUCUCGGGUUCCUGCAGCCUGAAGACAUGUUGGCUCCAGCUGGCCGACUUCAGACGUGUAGGAGAGUUUCUGAAGGAGAAGUACGACAGCGCCGCUGCCAUGCGCAUCGGACGCAAGGGAAAGCUGGAGCUGGUCGACAAACGCUUCAACACCCCGACCCCGGAGGACCUGGUCUACAUCGACCCCAGCCCAGACUACUGCCUCCGCAAUGAGACCACAGGCUCCCUGGGUACACAGGGCCGCCUCUGCAACAAGACCUCGGAGGGCAUGGAUGGCUGUGAGCUGAUGUGCUGCGGCCGAGGCUACGACCAGUUCAAGACCUACAAGCACGAGCGCUGCCACUGCAAGUUCCACUGGUGCUGCUACGUCAAGUGCAAGCGCUGCACGACGCUUGUGGAUCAGUUUGUGUGUAAAUAGCACGCCGAUGGAAGGGGGACGACGAAGGAGGAGAGGGGGGCAGGAGUGGUGAUGGAGGGGGAAGGAUUUAUGGCAGGAAGGUGAUUUCUUUUUCAGGGUUUUGUUCAGGAUGAGUUAAGACAAUGAGGUCCGUUCUCUGACAAAGCUGCUCUUAUCUUUUUCCUUCUCACCUCCAGCGAUAAAUCUCCUACCUUUUCACACCAAGUGCAAAAGCUGCGUAACACCUGUGUGGCCAUGUUUUGUGUGUGUGUGUGUGUAUAAACAGCAGAAUGAUGGAUGGAUAGAUAAAGAACAACAACAGACAAAUGAGAGGAGAAAGGAAAGGAAGAAGCAGGAAGGAACGGGACGUCUUCCACACUUUUCCGACAACUCUGAGAUUCUCGUCUUCCCACUGCUCCGUCAUCACUUUCUGCUUUUCUGUAUAAUAUCCUGAUCACAACCCUGAAGGAAGGCGGGAUGGAGGGAAGGAAGGACAAAACAAAACACAUGAAAAAAGAAGGGCAUCGAGGAUAAAUGGACUUGCAGGCGAAGGAGGAACAACUGGAUCCUGAAAAGGAGACACAUAUGACUAGUGUGAGAUGAUAAGGACAUGAAAUAAAUAUAUAACUGAAUAAUAAAUAAACAUACAGCUCUGUUUGUUGUUUAAAAAGACUCGAGCGAGCCUGAGACACAGUUUGGACCUGUACAACCCCCCCUCCCCUCCCCACCAAUCAUUACAGUCCUGACUGUCACCUUUUCACCUUUGACCCUGCAGGAGAAAUUCGGGCAUACGUGAGUUGUGCUGACGUUGCCGAACACACCUGCACUGUGUACAGGAAUGCAGAAAAGUCCCAACAGACAGAGGAGAGAAAACGGAAGAGGGGGUACAAAUGAGAAAUGGGGGGAAUAAAGAAAAGGGAGAAAGUUAAAUGAAUUUGAAAGAACAAAAGUAUAAGGUUUAUUUUGCGACAAAAUUCAGGAGACAGCAUCAAAAAGCUACGCAGCUGAUUGGAAAAUUCAUAGGAAUAUUCAGCUCAAAAGGUGCAGCAACGACACUUCAUCUUCAACAACUCAGAAUGGACUAAUGACUGACAGUACACACUCUCCAUUUGUCUCAGUGUAACUACUGGCUGUAACUUGUGUAACCAGAUUUCCAGCGCCUGCGACCUGACAAGUGCGUCUGCACAGGUUAAUGAGGCUCGCCGGUCGCAGCCAUCUUGACACAUCGCUGACGGUCCGGCUCGGCGUGACCUUCAUCUGACAGCAAAAGCAAGCGAGACCUCCAUUAGUGAGAUUAAUGUGCUGUAUCUGCCUUAAUGAACCCGCACUAAGAGACACGUUCACUGCGAGUGGACCUCUUCAUCUCACGUUGUUAUGCAACUUAUUAAGUCCAACGAAAAGCCCUGUGGUGUUGAUUCUGGCGGUUUUGGCCACCGAUUUCACACUGUUUGUACCAGGAAUUUUUACAGUUUGUGUGGGUUGGGUUGAGAUUAUCGUACGUUGAUGAUAUGAUACAGUUGAUGGACACAGUUAACAACAAACAGAAGAGGACUGAACAUGAUGUGGAGAUAAAUGAAUGUGUGAGCAUGGAAAAACAGAAAGGACUGCAAUUUAUUAUGGGCUAUACUUUAAAAAAAUAGAUCAGAAAAGAAAGUAUAUUUUAUUAUUGUUUUUCAUUCUCUGUUUUCUAUGUUUUAUACGUGAGUAUUACUAUGUAUUCUUUUGAUAAACUAGUCUUCGACAAUGAGGCUGUUGUUCUGUUUUUGAGUCCACAGUUCUUCUGGAAAAGACUGAUCCCGGCCAACAUUUUCCCCCUGUUCCCCACCAACACGACAACGACAGACAAGUCUUUGUCGUUCAGAGGCUGUUUUGGAAAAUGAUGCCACAGUUGCAAAAUAAGGACAGGAAGUAAUUCAGAUAUAGACUUACAGCACUGCCAUUCACAAACAAGGCCAAGUUUAGAAUCUAUAACGAGAAGAUAUUCAAAUAAAAGUUUGACAGAUCACAGAGAUGUGAAUCAGGUAUUAGAAUGACUUCUCUCCUGGGACGUGACGGUGAAGCAGAAUUGGCUUUUCUAAUCAAUUUUCAUAGACCUGCUGCAUUAACUCAGAAAUUUUGCAGGGAGAGCACAAAAGUGUCACGACAGAAACUCUCCAGUGAGACUGGUUGUAAUGAAAUUCUUGUUACAGCCGUCAAAACUGUGACACUGAAGCUUUCCAGUCAAGUCAGCAGAAAAGUUUUGUGUCCUUGGUCGAUGUGGUGAGGCCUCUGAACCGAGUCAACAUAUUCAUCUGACACUGACACUCUCCACUGAAAACUACAAUACAUGUUAAUAUUGGUACAUUUUAGGUGGUUAAACAUCACUUAUUCUGGAUGUUUUCAUAUUUAGCAUGAAGCUCACUGAUAUAUAACCAAAAUAAUCAAAUACAAAUGGUUCGUUCAAUCUUACAGUUUCUCAGGUGCAUGAUUGACAAGAAAUCAGGAGUUAAUCUUUACAUCUACAUUUAAAUCAUACAUCCAUGUAUUUCACUCUUGAUCAUAUCAGUAUUACAGCUCUGACAGAAUUGUAUGUAUUGUUUUCUUACAUAAAAUAGUAAAAUAUUAUGUAUGUUGGUGAA